CAAUAAUGCUAUGACUGUAUCGUAUCAUAUGAAUAACGUAUUGAAGACAUCGAUUGAUUUGAUUCAUAAAUUGAUACCAAAUUAGUGGUAAUAAACGGAUCCUAUCGAUGGCACUGACAAAGAUCGACAACUGGGACGAGAGUCUGGGCAUCACUAACACGACUCCCACGGAAGACACCAAAGAGGAGGACAAACACCUGUCCGCUAAGAUCGAAACCAUCUCUCUGUCGACCGAGUCUUCGCAAUCGACCGAAACAAAUGGCGCCACAAAUCAGACACGCGAUGAGGAU